CUGGGCGGCGGCGGCGGCUCCCCCCGCGGCCCGAGCCCCCGCCGCGCCCUGCUCGUGUCCCCCCUCCGCGCGCGGGGCUUCUGGCCGCUGCUCACCGCGCUCUGCACCGCGCUCCUCUGCUUCUACCAGGCGCUGCGCGGCAGCGCGGCCGGCGAGGGCGAGGGGGGCGCGGAGGAGGCGGAGGCGGCGGGGUCCGGGGUGCCGCUGCUGCAGGGCUCGGCGCUGCUGCUGCUCGGCUGCCUGCUCGCUCGCUGCUGCGGCGGCUCCGGGCGCGGCGCGGCGCGGGGCGCGGCGGGGGCGCGGCGCGGGGCGCUGGAGCGGUUCCACGCGCGGCAGCUGCGGGUGUCGCCGCACGUGCUGGGGCACAGCAAGGCGCACGUGGGGCGGGUGGUGGCCGAGCUGGUGCGCGCCGCCAAGGCGCAGGGGCUGCAGCCCGGCCCGCUGGCGCUCAGCCUGCGCGGGGACUUCGUGCGCAUCGGCAGCGCCUACGAGCAGCACAAGGUGCGCAGCCCCGACUGCUUCGACAUCCUGGUGCCGCUGCGGCUGCCGCCGCACCUGGAGCCGCAGCCGCGCCGCGCCGACGGGCCGGGGCCGUGCGGCGCCUUCGUCUGCGGCCUGCGGGCGAGGAGCGGCUGGACGCGACGCUGCCGGCCCUUUGCCGAGGGCUUCUGCGUGGAGCUGCAGGGCCGCAGCCACCUCUCCUCGGGGCUGGUGCUGCGCUGGUUCCAGGGCCAUCUGCAGCGCUGCCUGCCAGCCGUGCGCUACCGGCUGCAGGAGCGCUGCCGCGUCAGCCUCUCGGCGAGCCCCGGGCAGCCGCCCACGCUGCACAUCCUGCCCUGCUCCGACUACGUCUGCUGCCACAUCUCCAUGGCCGUGCGCCUCAUCCCCGCCAUCCCUCUCGGCGACGGGCUCUACCUCACGGCCCUGCCGGCCCAGGGCCCGCACGGCUCCGCGGGCCCCGAGGCGCUCUGGGGCCUCAACGCCUCGCGGCAGGAGCAGCGGCUGCUGGGCUGGCUGAAGGAGCAGGCCCCGGGCGCCUCCUGCCACCUCAAGUGCCUGCAGAUCCUCAAGGGGCUGCGGGACCUCCGCGGGCACGGCCUGGAGGAGCCUUUCUGCUCGCAGUGGGGCCGGGUGCUCUCCUCGUACGUGCUGAAGACAGCGCUCUUCUCGCUGCUGCUGCGGGGCCCGCUGGAGGCCUGGGACGAGCGGUUCCUGGUGGAGCGGCUGGAGGAGCUGGUGCUGUACCUCAGGGACUGCCUGCGCAAGCAGCUGCUGAUGGAUUUCUUCCUGGGCAACACCAGCAUCCCCGAGGCCGUGGCGCUGCCGCGGUUCCUCAAGGAAGCGGCGCCCGUGAACUUGCUGUCCGCCUUCGACAGGCCCACGCUGGAUCUCGUAGCCUUCCAGCUGGUCAGCACCUGGAUCCAGGCGCCUCAUCUCAUCAGGAUGUACAGCAGCCCGCGGUUCCUGCGGGCCGGGCCCGGCCCGUGCCGGCACACGGCCGAGCCGCCGGCAGAGUGAGCCGGGCCGUCCCGGAGCAUGGCCCCCGAGCCUUCCCGGGGCGCUGGCACUGCGGAACGUGCUCCUGUGACCCUGUUCUGUCCUGAGAACACCAGGCCGAGCUUACCGAAACUGUGGUUCUCAUUCUCGUUGGUUCUACGUGGGGAAAUUUUGACUUUUCACCUUAGUAGUCAAGUGUUGCCUUCGGUCGACAGUUUGCAAACUGAAAUGUUCAAACUGACAUUUUUAGAAAUUCAUGUUAACUUUUUGUCUUAGUGGCAAAAUAGAGCUUUUUUUUCUGAGAUUUUCUUUUUAUGAUGCAAAAUCCAUGUGGGAUUUAAAAAUCUUCUAAGUGCAAACAGCCCCCCUCCCCCAGUUCAUCAAUGUACCAAGAUGUUCUUAAAAUGUGAUAAGCACUAGAGCUUGUGUAAAAAUCACAGUUUAAAAUGCUCAAUGGCAAGCUUUAAAUUUCCUGGGUAAUCAAGCUCAUUGGGCUAAAUAGAAAUGGAACACAUGUUAAUGGAAACUUGAGGGAAUACUCUGGUAACAGGAUAAAGAAUCCGGUUUCACAUUUGUGUUCAAGUGAAGGUUGUACUGAAGGAUUGAAAUGCAGAUAGAAGGAAACAAAUAGCACUUUAUUUUCACAAAGGCCUUAUUUUUAGGAUAAUUGGCUGCACUAAAUAUUGCUAUUGAGGAGGCAUUAGUAUUUUGUUAAAGGAGUGGUGUUUGAAUUAUCCCAAGGAAGACCUUAUAAAGAAAUACUCUGAGGUUCAUUUGUUUGUGGGUUCUAGUUAAGUUUUAUUAUUUGUUUCUGUAUUCAAGUAUUAUUUUGUUAGAAUAUGCUUUACCUCAAGACCAACAACAAAAUAAGAAAUUGUGUAUUAUAUUUUGGAACAAGCCUUAAACCAGUCCAAAUCUCAGUGCCAUAAACUUAUUGUGGCACCAUCCUGCUCCCUGGUAGGAGUUAGGUGGGAUUUUUGGAUGACUGCCUAACCAGUUAUCUGAUUGUGUCAGUGUUUGAACCAAAUAACCUUGAUGGGAUUUUCUAGUGCUGUACUGCAGCAAAUUGUUAUUUUGUUAUGGGGAGAAGGAAGUAAAAUAUUUCAGGGUACUUCAGAAUUAUUUAGCACUGAUUUGUGGUACAGUGGCAGUCUUGGUGUCAUAUGAGUAUAAAUAUCAGGCAGAUAAUUGCCACUUUUUGUCUGGUUAUGUUGCUGGGAUAACCUGUUGAGUUGUGAUGCAGACAAGUUUGCAGGUGUCCUUGGCUAGUACUGCAGGUGUGCCAGGGUGUUAGCAAAUUCAGAAUUUCAAAUCCUUGCUUUAUUUGGUUACCUGCUCAAGUAUUUGAUGUAUUAAGCCCCAAAAUGUGUUGCAGAUUUGCUGGUGCUCAGGAAGUUGAGUAUGUGCCUUAUUCCCUGCAAUGCUGUGUCCUGAGUGAUCACUCUCAAUUUGUGAAGGACCAAGUGUAACUUCAGAGAAGCUUUAGGAUAGCCUGAAGUCACUAACCUGCUUUUCCUCUCUCUGAUGUAUUGGUGUGCCUUACUCACAGUUCUGUGCAUCAGAAUGUGAAACAAACCUUUUCAAAAUCCAUUAAGCUUUAUACAAACCAAUUUUUGUAAGUGGAAACACUCCCUAGGCAGAUGUUUGCCUGCUUCUGUCUAUUUCUUUAACUGCUCUUGCAGUCAUAUUUUCAGGUAAUUAUGGCAUAGGUCACACCCACAAGCUGGGUUAUUUUUGUACUCGAAGCACUGUGCUUCUUUCUACAAAUACAAAUGGUGUAUUUAUAGGUAGUAUUGAUUGAAUGUUCUUUGCACAUGGUAUUUAAGACUAAGUCAGCUACAUUGGUGUUUCUGGGUUGUUUUUUUUUUUUUGUAGCAGACCAUGAUAUGUACUAUUUUUGAAGGCUUGUGUUUCUUGGUAUUUAAAAUAAGAUGCAGUUCUGCAAUCAAAGCCAUUGCAUCUUUUGCCCAAAGAAGAACUAGAUGGCCAGCCCAGGAUAUUGUGGCUGCCUGAACUCUUGACAUGGAAACCCUUGAGCUGGUAAUUCUGGCAUCAUGAUCACUUCAGUCAGCUGUCUGUCUGUUUAUAUCACUGCAUCCCUGUCUCUGAAAAGGGAUCUUUUCUCUGGAAAGGGGUGUAUAUUUGUUUAGUAUUGCCACAAUACAUGGAAACCUGUAAUGGGCUUAAGGACUUCCUCACUAAGAUGUAAUAAGGUCAGGAGAAGAGAGUUGCAUUGGCAAAUACAUGACAAGAAGAGAUGGUGGAGAAUGUAAAUAGUUUAGAAAAUGAAAGUUGGGCUGAGGGGUGAGUGACAGUGAUGGUAAACUCUCAGUGAAGAUGCACUGCAAACGAGCCAAAGGACAUGGGGUAAAAUUGGAGAACUAUUGAAAGCAAGUGGAUUUGGAGUGCAGGGUAAAGAGAUUUAAGUGGGUUUUGUUUUGACAAUAUUUCCAAAGCAUUUGAGUCCAUCAGGGUAGAAAGUGAGGCAAGCCCUCAGUUCAUUAGCUGUGCAGGUAGAUCUUCAGUGCAGGUUUUUGCUCAUCAAGGCAUGUUUUGAGUUCAGGAUGGAGAAAAUGCAUGUGUUGUUUUCACCUUUAGCUUGGGUGAGUGCUCUUGAAGUGAGGGGCAUCCUGCCAUGAGGCAGUGUGUGUGCACUUGGUGUACAGCUGAGAUGUUAAAUGUAUUCUCCUUAUCUUCUCUACAGCAUGCAUUCAUGAAUAUGAUUGAUGAAAGCAGCUGAGAGAAGUUGGGGUUUUGUUACAGCAUUCAUCUUAUUCCACAGAAACAUGACAGCACUGGUACCUGCUGUGUGCUGGAGCUGUUACAGGCCUUAUCUGCAGGGAUGUGUACAGAGAGCUUGACCCAGAUGAGUAAUCCUGUGGCCCUUUUGCCUUCUUCCCCCUGUCCCAGCCCAUGGAUACACAACAAGGUUAUGAAUACCUGUUUGCUAAGUCUGUAGGUGGUAUAUUGUGCUGUGGAUUCAGUUGGGUUGCCUGUGUGUGUGUGUAAACAGAAACACAAACACAGAAAAAAGAGCAUGUUACUUAGCACUAGCAUGGGCUCUUGGUUCUCUUCCCUGCAACCUCAUUUUUCAAAGACUGUGCAGAUGAAAUUAUUUUUAUUGAACAUUGUUUGAGGAGUCACACGUGCAAGAGAAUAAGUUAAUUUACAGUACCAAAAUUCAUAUAUGUAAUUUUGUUUUGUAUUGAAAAAUGCUGUCUGUUUCUCAAAGGCAUUAUAUUUUAUCUGACCAAAUAUCAUGCAAACAUUCCUCUUUUGAUGUUGAAUCUCUGUGGAGUUAUGUAAAUUUUGAGUAUCUAUUUGUAAUAGACGUGCCUGGUACAACUAUUUUUUGCUGGUUAAUCAUAAGACCAAAGAUAAAACUGAAGUGUUCAGCUGCUAUUCUUUUGGUUUUAUAAAAAUGUUUGUAGGUUCAAAGUUUCAGCCCAUUUUAAUGAAACGUUUAUAAAAUUCAUUUCUAUUUAAUUCCAAAAUACACUUGCACUUUUAUUGUUUCCAUUAAAAGUUGGUGGUUUUGUUUAAAUAUUUCACUGUAAUAAUAAACAACUGUCUUAAAGCA